UGAAUAAAGAAACAGUUUUUCCAGUUUUUAGCGUAAGGAGUGAGCGAAACUGAGAAAUCCUAAGCUCCAUCUUCCUUCAGAAAAAACUCAAUUCACAUUAUUAUCAUCACUUCUCUGCAAUCGAUGGAAAGCGCAUCAGAGCUUGUUGAAUUUCCAUUGCUGUUAACACCAAUCCAUUCUCAUUACAGGGCUUGCACUAUUCCUUACAGAUUCCCUUCUGAUAAUCCUCGAAAGCCCACUCCAAACGAAAUCUUAUGGAUUAAUCUCUUCCUUAACUCAAUUCCAUCUUUCAAGAAGCGUGCAGAGAGCGAUACUUCUGUUUCCGAUGCUGCAAAUAAAGCUGAAAAAUUUGCUCAAAGAUAUGCUGAUAUACUCGAAGAUUUCAAGAAAGAUCCCGAAAGUCAUGGUGGACCACCUGAUUGCAUUCUUCUAUGCAGACUUCGUGAGCUAAUACUCAGAGAAUUGGGAUUCAGUGAUAUCUUCAAAAAAGUCAAGGAUGAAGAAAAUGCAAAAGCCAUCUCCUUGUUUGAGAACGUUGUUCAUGUUAAUGACGCCAUUGAAGAUGAAGGCAAACGAAUCGAGAAUCUAGUUAGGGGAAUUUUUGCAGGAAACAUAUUUGAUCUUGGCUCGGCACAGCUUGCAGAGGUUUUCUCUAAGGAUGGAAUGUCCUUUUUGGCAAGUUGUCAAAAUCUUGUAUCUCGACCUUGGGUUAUUGAUGAUCUUGAUGCUUUCAAAGUGAAAUGGAGCAAGAAGUCAUGGAAGAAGGUUAUUAUAUUUGUAGAUAACUCUGGUGCUGAUAUUAUUUUGGGUAUUUUACCAUUUGCAAGGGAGCUUCUUCGGCGUGGGAGUCAGGUUGUAUUGGCUGCAAAUGACUUACCUUCCAUCAAUGAUGUGACAUAUUCUGAGCUAGUUGAAAUUAUAUCAAAGCUAAAGGACGAAGAAGGAAAACUUGCUGGUGUCAGUACAUCAAACCUUUUAAUUGCCAACUCUGGCAAUGAUUUGCCGGUUAUUGAUCUUACAAGAGUGUCACAGGAGCUUGCUUACCUUGCUAGUGAUGCAGAUCUUGUCAUCUUAGAAGGGAUGGGCCGCGGAAUCGAAACAAAUCUGUAUGCUCAAUUCAAAUGUGAUUCCCUUAAGAUUGGAAUGGUAAAACAUCCGGAGGUUGCACAAUUUCUCGGGGGACGUCUAUACGACUGCGUAUUCAAAUACAAUGAAGUUUCUAAUUGAUAAAUCUCAUUCUUUUGUCAGCUAAUAUGCUCUCUGCAAUUGCAUACAUGCAGUUUUCUAGUGUCAAUCUUUCAACUAGACGCUCUUCUAAUAUAUGUCUGAAACUAGAUGAUUCCUAGAAUGCCAUUUUAGUAUUUGAAGAUGGCGAUAAAACUUCAACAUUUUUACUUGUAAUAACAAGUUAUUACAUACACGGCUUCUUCUAUGUAAGACCAACACUUUAGAUUGAAGCCGUGUCUAUUGUCUGGUACUGAUAUAGCACAUGCAAGAUCAACACUUUAGAUUGAA